AAAAAAAUAAAUUAUUAUACUAAAAAAUAAAAUUCCGAUCGUCGCGAGCGACCAGACUGAGAAUUGGGAGUGGAGGAGGAAGUUUGACGAGCUCCCCGCAGCGGUCGUUCCCUUUGAGUUAAAUCAAUUCGUCGUUUCGGCGCAAGGAAUCGGAUAAAAAUGCCUUUGAAGAAAGUUAUGAUUAUGGAGGUUGGACCUCCGAGCAUGAUGAGGUAUUUGAUUGGAGCUGCGAUUAUGAUGCUGGGAGUGGUGUUGCCAUUGGGAUACAUGAUGUUUCGCAACAAGAGAGUACCUUCUUCUUCCUCUUACUCCAAACAGACGUAGGAACAAAGUUUUGAUGUAGAGUUGUUUUUGAAGCCCGGGGCAGGAUAUCUAACCACUCCCUAGUGACGUUGUUUGAGUGAAAAAACAAGAAAAAAAAUGGUGAAAAUUACUCUGCAUUAUACUCUAAUUCCUUUAUUAGUCAAGAUAGCAGAUGCAUCACCACAAGAAUUGCUAGCACGUCGUGGCUAAGAGGUAGAUACAAAUUGUUUUUUCUUUCACGAAGUUGCCAAUUUCGGGUUUAUCACAAUUGUAUGUUUGCUGUAUGGAUUUGCUUCUUUGAAGAUUAUAUAUAUAUUUAGUGCAGUUGUUGCAAAUCA